ACUCACUAUCAAAUGAAUCAUUGAUGUCGAUUCCUCCCAAAGCUUGAUUGAGAGAAUCAAUGUCCUGACCUUGGUCAUGAACAUUGAAUCUAUCUAGCACGUGAUGUAGACUGAGAAAUUUAUAAAACUAGGGUUAUAACUCUAAAACAAAUAUCAUAUUUAAAACCUAAAAGAGGAAAAACAUUGUCAGUAGAAAAGCACACAACGAAGAACUCGACAUUACAUACUUAAGAGAUUUGAUACUUUACCGUUAGGAUAUAAUGAUGUUAGAGUCAAAAACAUAAUAUGGAAUAAUUAAAUGUUCAUUUUUUAAUCUAUAGUAAUCAUGAUAUGAAAAAAUUUUCAUUAAAGCUUGUUGUCAGAUUAUAGUGCAAAAUGAUAAUGGUUUUAAUUUCUCUUUAGUUCUCCGACACAUAAUGUGAGUAAAAUGUAAGCUUUGACAAAAAAAAAAGUAAAAUGUAAGCAAAAUAUAAGCAAAAUGUAUGCAAAUGUUCUAUGACGAUUUUUUUCCACUAAGAGAAGCAUGAUAUCUUUUGUAAAUCAUAAUAUGUAUGACAUUUACUUACUACGUGUGAUAUAGUAGAUUUAACAAAAUAAUUAAACUAGAAGAAUUACUUUCAAUUUCUGAAGAUGAAAUUCUCAUAAUUAUAAUGACAACUUUAAGCUAAUACAAUUGUAGAUCAAACAUUUGAAAUAAUUAAAUAUUACCCCUAUAUUUCAUCUAUAAACAACAAUCACUUAUCUUAGUCAUCUAAUAAGAUAUAUUAUUUUCAAUAUUAGCUACACACAUCAGCCAUUCAUCUUAAUCAUCUAAACUCAUUAUGAGACAAAUCGUUCAAAUUAAUUGUCGCCAAUGUUUGAUUAAGAGAAUAAAUGUUCUAACCAAGAUCUUCAAUGCAAGAUAGCAUAUAAUGGUGAUCUCAACAUUGAAAUUUUUUGAAAUUUCAACAGUUUUUUUUUCUCAAAAUAUUCAUUGUGUGGAAACACUUACGGCUAGUGUCAUGGUUUAUAAAAAAAAUAAUGAAUUUUAAAAGUUAAUUAUCUAGUCAUACUAAAUUUUAUAUUGGUCAUUUUUUUUGACACUCCACCUUUUACCAAAACAUGGAUAAUGACUUGGAUAAAAAAUAAUAAUUUGAUUAAAUGUAAUGACUUUUAUAAGUUACAUAAUUAAGUAAGAUAAUAAGAAGAUAGAAUUUAGAUUGUUUUAAAACUAUAUUAUUAUUUUUUCAUCGGAAUGAAGUUUAUCUCUAAAUUUUAUUAACACUUCAAACAUUUUGAUAUUAUUGUAUCAAUUUUCAUUUAAGAACACAUUCUAUGACGGAUAUUUCUUAUAUACAAGAUAAUCUAAUAAAAUAUAAAAACUAAAAUCAUAAAAUUUAAUUAAAUAUAGAAACCAUAAAAGAAACUAUUAUUUUUAUUUUACAUAAGUUUAUUUUAAAAUAUAGAAAUCUAAAUUAAUCAAUAAUUGUAUUAAUAAAUAGAAUAUUAUAAUCCAAACAUUUUUAAUGCAUAGUUCAAAUUUAAAAACAUAUUAUUCAAAAAAAAUUUAUAUUUAAAAAUUAUUUAAAAGUUCGAAUUUAAAAACAUAUUAUUCAAAAAAAUUUAAAACAUUUAUUGUUUAUUGUUUUUAUUAUUUUAUUAUUUAUAUAUCUAUAAAGCAAUGGGUAAAAUAAUCUUUUGUUUUUAGUGAAACUUCAUUUGGUCAUUUUGUUCUUUGAGUGAUUUUUUUGUAACAAAAACUAAAAAAAAACUACUUAAGAGAAUUGCUCAAUUUUGUAUGUAUCACUAUUAUUAUUUUUAACUGGAAAUAAAAUAAAAAAAUAAUCAUGCAAUAUUAUUUAUAAAAAAUAAAUUAUAUAUUUACUUUACAAAAAGAAUGAUUGAAAAGAAGUAAUACAAAUUCAUGAAAAUCUAUACCAAUCUAAAAAAAUAUGAUCAAAUUUCAUAAGUUAAUAUAUAUAAAUUUACAAAAUUGACUUUUUAAAAUUUAUCAACUUUUAAAAUUUAUAAAUUCUAUAGAAAUUCAUCUUCCAAUAAUCCCCUGACUGUAUUGAUCGGGAAAAGGAAGCCUAAGGCCUAAGACAAACAAGGCGAGAGAGAUAUCCAAAUCCUCCAACUAUUGGGCUUUCAUCUGUAACUUUCCCGUAAUGGGCUUUUCUUUUCUUCUUUUCCGUUUCUUGACGGAGAAGUUUCUUGACGGAGAAAUGGAGCAAAAUAAAUAUAGGGUUUGACUCAAACCGUUUGAGAGAGUUACCUGAAAGUGAAAGGCUGAAAGGGGAUCGUGAAGACAAAACAAGCGCGAGGCCAGAGAGCAAGAUGCCUAGAACUACACGCGGCGCGGAACAACGAAGGCUCCAGUGUCUACAAGACAUCCAAAAUUUGCAAGAGGAGAUCAAGUUGUUACAGAUUUCAAACGAGAAACUGAAUGCUGUCGGUCUCGACGAUAUGAGCUUCACCGAGCUGGCUUCACUUGGAAGUAUGUUGGAUGAGGGCUUCCGCAUUGUGGACGAACAACUAGACAAUGCACACGAGGAAAUAACAACCAAGCAGAUUUUUGAGUACGAUCUUAUGGGGGGACCGGACUGGACUCAAAGAAUAGAGAAAGAAGAUUUGGCCUACCAAUCCCUUCUAGCGGGGAGAAGAGUAGCUUUGAGGAACAAGGCUAGAGAAUUCCGCCUCAGCCCUCCAGAAACCCAACCUUGGCGUAGCGAUGACCCUGAAAGAUUGAAGAUGGACAUCGACUCUCUGGAGAUGGAGAAAGAGAGACUACGUCUUUUCAACCAGAGAAUGCUUGGUAAGGAGCUUGACGGUAUGAGCUACGCCGAGCUGUUCGUGUUUAGCUUUGAGAUAUCGGGUGCUAGUAGGAAAGUUGUGUCAAUGAAGAAGAUAAAACGUGACGAAGAGAUGAGGAAGACAAAACGUCCAAGGCCGUCGGUCAACGAGGAGCCAAUCUCCCCGGGACAACUAUUUCUUUUUCUUGUUCACAAAGGAGCCAAUCUCCCCGGGACAGAUAUGAUGGUGGUGGCAGGUUCUCUUCGCUCGUGACAACACUAAGAGAUUGGAUAUCGUUUUGUUUAAUAAGAGUGUCUUGUGACGUGGCUACUAUUAUGUACUUGGAUGAUUUUUAUGGUUAGUUAGUCAUCAACCUCUGCAACGGUGCCAAAGUUUGUUGUGGGAUUUGAUGACGUGUAUACUUAAGAGAGGAAAAUCUGAUUUAUAGCCCAAACACGUAAAUACCCAACCAAACCCAUCACGGUGCAGAUCAAAUGAAACUUAGAGUUUCAUUGGCCUAGGCACAUGUCACGUUCACAAGAACCGACUUUAUGACAUGGCAUCCUAGAUGUCUUCACUAGGAGGGAGACAAUCUUAUUUUAUAUAUAUAGAUAGAUAGAUAAUAAUAACUUAUGGUAACUAAAUCUCAAAACUAUAUAAAGACUAAUAAUGUUUUAUCAAUUAUUUUAAUAUUUAUAAACUAUUAAAUAUAAUGAACGAAACUUUUUAUAUUAAACUAAAUAUAAUAAUUUUAUAUUUUAAAUAACGAACUUUACUCUGAUACAAUUAUAUAAUAACUAUAAAAUAUUAUAAAGUCUACACAUGCUUUAUAAAUAAAUAUUAAAAAAAAAUUAUCUUUAUAUAUAUUAAAUGAGAAGUUACUUAAGUGAUUUUUGCUUAUCUGUCGAUCACUGGUGAAAAAUUAUGAAAUUAUUAUAUUUUGAUUAGUCGAUGAUUUUUAAUUUUGAUUGUAUUGUUUUUUAUUAAUUGGAGCAGUAUAUAGAGAUGUUUGGCAAAAGAAAUAAAUGAUAAUGUGAGAAAUAAGAAGAGAAUGAAAAAGAAAAGUACAAAGAAGAUGUAUACUCUAUGUUGGAGAAGUUAAUGUGAUAAUUACAUAUGUAAUUCUACCAUUAUUUUUUAUAACUAAAUAUUUAUCAGUUAGUUUAUCAAACUUAUGAAAACUUUCAAUUGAUAAUUACUUUGCAUCAAAGUUAAAAGAAGUGAUAUAUAAGAUAAUGCCAUGAUUAUAAAAUGUUUUAAAAUAGUUUUUUUUUUGGUUCACCUAAUCAUGAAUUUGUAAACCAUUUAAUCAAGAUCAUGUAAAAUAAAUAUUUUUAGCAACUUAUAUUAAUAUAAUUUAAUUAUCAAUAAAUCUCACUUUCCAAAAAUACAAUAUGAAUUUUUUUUCUAAUUAUUAUUCCAAAUUUAAAGUAUUACUAGAUUUUGACCCGCGCUUUUCAAAGCGCGGGACUAUAUUAUUUUUAAAAAAUAUCUAACUACAUAAAUAUUUUCAUUAUUAUAAUAUAUUGAUGAUAUAGGUUGUUUAUUUCAAAAUCAAAGUGUGUUACUCACUUACUUUAUACCAUUCUUACUGAACCGACAUCGGUUUGCACCAUGUUCUUACGAUAUAUUUUUAUCAGUCUAAAUUUAAUAUUUAAUUUUAUAAAUAUUUAUCAUGUGUUUAUUGUAAAAUAACACUCUUUAUAAAAAAAAUACAUGAUAAUUUCUAAUAAUAGAAGUUCUAAAAAUUUGUAUUCAAUUUAUUUAUAUUUGAAGUUCUUAAAAGACAUGUGUAAAUUAUUUAUAUAUUAAUUGUUAGUUUGAAAAAGAAAAUUUAAUAGUUAUUUUAUAUGUUUAAACAUGUAAAUUUUUAGAGAAAAAAAAAAUUGUAUUGGGCUCAAAUAUGUUUAUACAUGUUAAGUAAUAGAAAUUAUCAGACGUAAGAUCCCAUAUGAAAAAAGAUUAAUCAGCGUACUGGGCUCAAAUAAUGUUUCCGUAAACCUGACCCACCCAAGUCGAGUACUUGGUCUUUUUUUUUGCUGGCCAAUUUAGUACUUGGUCGUAAAGACCGUUUACGUGUUGAAAAAAAAGAACAGAAAGGAAAGAAAAAUAAAAAAAAAGGACAGGUCUAAAACGGUCUCUUUACCGAGGAAAGAUGAUAUGAAGACAAAUCGUUUCCCAUGGUGAAAAUCAAAGGUAGUCGACUAUUGCCUGAGUAAAUAACAACUCAGAAACUCGAAAUCAAAAGAUCGUAACAUGCAGAUGAAUGUGUUCUUAGAUCUGAAAUAUUAUGAAAGGGAACAGACGAUUACCAUGCAAUCAUUUUACGUCGGGGAUUCUGCAUAAAUCUGAAGAAACCUGGUUUAUACUAUGGAAACCACGAGCAAGAACAAUGGUGGUUCUGUGACUUUUGAAUAUUGGAUCUCAAAACUUGGAGUGAACAUUCAGUUUAUGCCCAAUACAUAACAGUUAGCAUAACCGGUCGAUGUUCACACAACCAACAUAAAAAAAAGUAGGAAACAUGGAUUCAUUGUCUGCUCCGGCUGCAAGCGAGGAAAGGAUAUAUAAUACUACAACAGUGAAAGAUAAGUUCCUUUAAACAAUUGUAAAAAGACUAUUUAUUUAAACAGAAAGUUCUUAGACUUUUAGUUUGAUAUAUUCUGUUGUAGCAAGUAGAGAGUAACAAAAGCUUACACUCUCAUCAGCCAAGAUGAAUUUUAUGGUUUCCCCUGAUAGUUGUAUGUUUUGUUUUCAAGAGUGUAGAACCUUCACAUGAAUAAACCAUGUAUUUUUCCAAGGCCUCAAGUCUUUAAUGGCAGUAACUUUUUCGUAGAA